CUCCGAAGCCGGAAACGUGCCCUGAACGCAGCAGCGCCUCGUAAAGUCAAUCUGGCGAGGAGCUCACACCGGUGCCGGCUGCAGGAGAUCAGACGCGGCGGGAAGGACGUGGACCGGACCCGAACGUGAACCCAGGUCCGUGUUUGUCAUGGUUACAACCCGGACAGUCCUUAGAUUGUGUGGCGGGUUUUAACCGAGAAGAUGCUGGCGGACACGAUCGUGGAGGAAGAAUUUGAGAUCAAGGAGGAGGAACCGUGGUACGACAAGCAGGACCUUGAACAUGACCUGCAGCUGGCAGCCGAGCUGGGGAAGUCUCUGCUGGAGAGGAACCGGGAGCUGGAGCAGGGCCUGCAGCACAUGUACUCCACCAACCAAGAGCAGCUGCAGGAGAUCGAGUAUCUGACCAAGCAGGUGGAGCUCCUCCGCCAGGUCAACGAUCAGCACGCCAAAGUGUACGAGCAGCUGGACGUGUCGGCCCGCGAGCUGGAGCAGGGCAACCACAAGCUGGUUCUGGACAACCGGGCGGCCCAGCAGAAGGCCCACGGGCUGACGGAGACCGUGGAGCAGCUGCAGGCUCAGGUGGAGGAGCUGCAGCAGCAGGUGGAGGAGCUGACGCUGAGGCCGCCCCAGGCCCAGACGGCCGCGCCCGGGGGGGGGUCGGCCCGCACCACCCACAGCCUGUCCUGCCUCCGCGAGCUGACGAGGACACGCAGCCACGGUCCAGCGGAGCCCCCAGACGACGGCGAGGCCUCCGACCGCUGGUGGCGCCAGGAGGAGCAGGCGUCGCUGCAGACGUCCCUCCAGAGGCUCCAGACCCAGUUCGCCACGGAGCGCGGUCACAGGGAGGCGGCCGAGCGCGAGGCCGAGCUGCUGGCCCGCGAGAACGCGGCCCUGGAGCAGCAGCUGGUGGGGAUGGAGGCGUGUCAGGCCAGAGUGUCCGAGCUGGAGCUCGAGGCUGAGGAGCUCCGUCAGUUCUGGAUGUCGGAGUCCUCCUCGCGCUCCAGCCGGCCGGACCUCCUGCACAGCCUGCUGCCCGACUCCAUGUUCCUGCACCCGGAGGAGGAGAGCGACGGGGAGGCGGCUGCAGCCAGGAGCGCGCGGCUGGUGAAGGGGACGCAGGCGCCCGACGGGGUCCUGGACCACGAGUGCUCGUGCGUGCGCCGGGCCGAGGUGGUGAAGUACCGCGGGAUCUCGCUGCUCAACGAGGUGGACGCCCAGUACAGCGCCUUACAGGUGAAGUACGACGAGCUGCUGCGGCGCUGCAGCUCUGGGCUGCAGGAGGAGGACGGGCCGGGCCGCGGUCCGGUCCAGGCUUCACCUCUGACCCCUGCCCGCCCCGCUGACACACGCCUGGAGCUCUGUGACGAGGACUUCCACCAGCCAGAGUACAAAGAACUGUUCAGGGAAAUCUUCUCCCGCAUUGAAAAAACCAAAGAGGACCUGGUUCAGAACCGGGGAGGACCCUGAGUGCAGCUGGCUCCACAGUGGACCUGCUGCAGGAUGAGUCUCCGCUGUCCGUUUGGACUCCAGCGGUGGCGCAGGAAGCUGACCCGACCCAGACGAGGUGAUGGUGCUGCAGUUCCAACUCCACCAGGUCCCGUCUGCGGUGGAAACAGCAGUUCCUCGCGCCAGCGUCUCUACUGUACAAUCACUCUACCUCACUGAGCCCACGAAGAAACAAGUCAUUUCUAGAGAGUGGCCUAGAAACCAACGCAUUGAUGUAAUUUUACAGGAAGCUUCCUGGGGAGGACUCAUUCUACACAAUGGUUGAGCUGCACCACCUUAACGUGCAGAAAUUAGGGAAGUAAAUGUUAUUUCAUACAGAAAACCUAAACUAAAAUUGCUCCAUCAAUAGGAGCUCAUUGCCAAAUGUUGGCUCGCAUUGAUGUGAUGCAACAGACUGACUAGAAAAUAGAAAUAACUCCAUUCUAGUAAUCAAACAAGCUCUUUCCAGGAAGCUUCCUUGACUUAUAUUAGAAACUGCUGCUCUUCUGUUGUUGCUACGCUUCUAUGAUCUAAAUGUCACUUUUUUAACUUAUUUUUCUCAUUUGCAACUAGAAACCCUGUAGCUUCGGAGCCGUGAAGGCAGAGGGAGCGAGUAGCUGAAGCCAGUGAUUCAGGUUAUAUUCCACCUGUGUAGUUGUAGCUUGUAACAGGAGGUUAUGUAAUAAUGUAGCAGCUGAUUAGCCUCCGGGCGCCUUGUGCUGUGUGAUUCGUUUGUCUGAGCGUAAAACACGACGUGGACGUUACGAUGCACUUUAAUGCAGAGUUCAACACGUAUCUGUUUCCGGUGUCUUGCGCUACUGUUGUAGUCUGUGUGUGCAAUGAGGUUGUUAAUGUUGCUGCUCUGAGCCAUAAAACAUGAAGCAAGCUGACACAA